UGCCUUUCAGUUGUGGUCAAAUGACCGUGUAGAGUAAGUCUGUUGUCUGCUUUGUUUGCCUCACCUGCUGUGUGGAAGCCCCUCCCUGUUUAAACCAGAAACCCCUUCUAGCUAUAAAGACACUGGUGUCAUGUCUCGAUCACUUUACAGGCCAACGCUUUGAAAAUUGCUAAAUUCUUGAGAGGUGAGGAUGACUUCUGCAGCAGGUCGCCUGGCCCAUCAGCAGGAGAGGAACCGCGGGAUUGGUACCAAGCAGCAUGCUGUGAAGUUCCAGCAACAAGACUACGACACUCUCCGCUGUCAGUGUGUGGAAAGGGGAUGCCUAUUUGAGGAUGACUGUUUUCCAGCUGGGUGCAAGUCACUGGGCUACAAUGAAUUGGGUCCAUACUCAACCAAGACUAGAGGAGUAGUUUGGAAAAGGCCAACGGAGUUAUGCUCCAACCCUAUGUUCAUCAAUGAUGGCGCAACAAGGACAGACAUUUGCCAAGGAUCUUUAGGAGACUGUUGGCUUCUGGCUGCUAUUGCCUCGCUGACCUUAGAUCAGAGGAUUCUGGCACGUGUGGUUCCACCUGGACAGAGUUUCUCUGAGGGAUACGCAGGGAUAUUUCACUUCCAGUUCUGGCAAUUUGGCGAGUGGGUGGAUGUGGUGGUGGAUGACCGUUUGCCCACACGAGAUGGAAAUCUGCUCUUUGUUCACUCAGCUGAGGGUUCCGAGUUUUGGAGUGCACUGCUGGAAAAGGCCUAUGCCAAGGUAUGUGGCUGUUACGAGUCCCUGUCAGGUGGAAACACAAUCGAGGGUUUUGAGGAUUUCACUGGGGGCAUUGCCGAAAUCUACACUUUGGAAAAGCCUCCAUCACAGCUCUUCCAAAUUAUACAACGGGCACUGAAAUUGGGCUCUCUGCUUGGCUGCUCUAUCGAUAUCACCAGUCCCUAUGAGACCGAGGCUGUUACGAAUCUCAAACUUGUUAAAGGACAUGCAUAUUCAGUGACUGGUGCAGAACAGGUGUACUUUCGAGGUACAUUGGUUUCGCUUGUCCGCCUCAGGAAUCCAUGGGGAAAGGUGGAGUGGACUGGGCCUUGGAGUGAUGGAUCCAUGGAAUGGAAAUACAUAAACGAAGAAGAUAAAUCCAAACUGAACCAUGUGGCUGAGGAUGGAGAAUUCUGGAUGUCCUACUUGGACUUUGUCAGAGAGUUCACAAAGUUGGAGAUAUGCAACUUGACUCCUGAUAUGCUGGAGAGUGAUGACAUAGGCCACUGGAACUACUACCAGUUUGAAGGCAUGUGGCGGGUCGGAUCAACUGCAGGCGGCUGCCGCAAUCACCCUGCUACAUUCUCAUCCAACCCUCAGUUUGUCGUGCGGCUAGACGAUGUGGAUGAUGAUCCUCUUGACGGAGAGGAUGGAUGCACCUUUCUAGUGGGACUCAUGCAAAAGGAUGGCCGCAGACAACGCCGUCUCGAUCGUGACCUUCAAACGAUUGGCUUUGCUAUCUAUGAAGUCCCAGAUGAGUACAAAGGUCGUCGCAAUGUUCACCUGGGCCCGGAUGUCCUGCUGCGUCAGAAAGCCGUAGCAAUGAGCAACACCUUCAUCAACACCCGAGAAGUUUGUAAUCGCUUUCGGCUUCCUCCUGGAGAAUAUGCCAUCAUUCCCUCAACCUUUUAUCCUCACAAGAAUGCUAGCUUUGUUCUCAGAGUCUUCUCAGAGAAACAAGCUUCAACCAGUCCACUGGAGGAGGACAUUGAUGCUGAAACAGAAGACCAGGAGGAUUUACCAGAAAGUGAUGUGGAUCCACAUUUCAAAUAUCUCUUCAAGCAGAUUGCUGGCAGAGAUACAGAAGUGUCAGUCUUUGAAUUGGUUAAAAUUCUGAACAAUGUGGUUUCACGCAGGACUGACAUCAAGACAGAUGGUUUCAGCCUUGAGACAGGCCGUCUUAUAAUCAGUCUAAUGGACAGGGAUGAAAGCUCAAUGCUGGGACUCAUGGAAUUCCACAAACUUUGGACCAAAAUCCAGAAAUACUUGGAGAUUUUUAGAAAACAUGACCAAGACAACUCUGGCACCAUGAGCUCCCACGAGAUGAGAGGUGCUGCCACGGAAGCAGGUUUUCACAUCAACAGUACUGUGUUGCAAGCCAUUGUCGAUCGCUAUGCUGACGCUCACUAUGCAAUCGACUUUGACAGUUUUGUGGGCUGCCUAAUUAAAGUGGAAAUGCUCUUCAAAAUGUUUAAAGCUCUGGACAAAGCAAAAUCAGGGAAGAUUGAUUUGGAUCUGCAGCAGUGGCUGUGCCUGGCAAUCUAUUAACUGGAGAGAACACUGAAGCAACAAAAUGGUCUUAUUGUUCUUAAACAUUUUAAGGAAAUCAAAUGUGACCUGGUAUUGGAAAAUUAGAUGGAUGUCGCACACAGAGAUACGGAGAUAUAACCACCACGCAGUUCCUUCUACUGGCAAAUUUAGAACCUACAAACCAUAAGUCUGCUAUUAAUUGAGCCAAUUAAUAAGACCUGACACUAACAAUAAAAAAAUCGAGCUAUGCCCGCCAAUGUGUGUACAUGCUUAGUAGGGGUGUAACGGUACACAAAAAUCUCAGUUCGGUACGUACCUCGGUUUUGAGGUCACGGUUCGGUUCAUUUUCGGUACAGUAAGAAAACAAAAUGCAAAAUAUAAAUGUGGUAGUUGUUUAUUACACUUUUGUGCUUUCAACAAUAGGAACAUUAGCCUAUACAAAGCUAGAAUUCCACUCAAAAAUCGAAAAUGCAAUAUUCUGAAGUGUAGAUAUUUUGAAAAACAAAAAUAAAUAACAUUGGCUCAGACGUUUUCUUUAAACAAAUAUCUGAUGUGCAAAAUUGGACAGUUGCAACACUGAACACUUUCAAGUUUCUCAUAUUAACUUUAUGACCACAGCCUCGAAAAGUAAGGGUUACAUUUAGGGCUGUCAAACGAUUAAAACUUUUAAUCGUGUUAAUCACAGCUUAAAAAUUAAUCGCAAUUCAAACCAACUCUAAAAUAUGCCAUAUUCUUCUGCAAAUUAUUUUUGGAAUGGAAAGAUAAGACACAAGACGGAUGUAUACAUUCAACAUACUGUACAUAAGUACGAAAUUUGUUAAUUAUAACAAUAAAUUCACAAGAUGGCAUGAACAUUAACAUUCUUUCUGUUGAAGACAUUUUCUUUUUCUCUGCAAAAACAAACACACAACAGAGCCUUAGAACAGUAAAAAAAAAAGUAUUAUUUAUAAUGUGUGCAAAGUUUGUGUAGUGUACACAUAAAUGUGGCCCUCGUCGCUACUCAUCCUCUAGCCAGUCUCUGAGGCAAACCAACUUAUUUACAUUUUCUGAGAGUUGUUCCAUCUAUAUUCUUUUUUAAUUUGAAUUCCCCACCCAGAGGGCCAACCUGCUUUUCUUCCAUGUUUACAUUUAACCGUUACCCACGCUGCUCACUGCACUUCUGAGUGGUGCGACGGCCCUGGCCGUUUAAUUGUUAUCUAUUUUGAGACUGUCAGUCAGCUGAUCGUCACGUCCGCCAGUUGGCUGCCUCCCCUCCCAACGUGAUGUACUCUGAUUGACGCCGGACGGGAAGACGACGACGUCGCCGCCGCUGAUGGGCCACCCGAGGAAGGGUGCCAACUUCAAAAACUAGCCGCUGUGAACACUCUGAGAGUUCACAUUUGAUAGCAUACGUGCCGCGUACCUCCUCUCCUCGCCAGCUGUUUGCUCGCCAUUCAUUCACCUGUGCAUUUGAUCGCUACAUUGUUACACUUCUGCUUUUUCGGUGAGGUGUUUUGUGUUCAUUCGUUAUUGGAUCGUUUUUGUUCACCACUGUAAAUAAGAGCACCGCAGCAGUAGGCGUAAACUGCAGCCUUUUUUUAAUGUCCUUUUUACGUUCAGGGUUUACUUAGCGGGUGGGGUUUAAGUGCAGUUCAAUUUUGUUUGUUGUUUUGGCCUGGGCUUACGCUGAAGCCAGCUUCUUCCGCAUUUUGUAUAUUUUGUUCAUUGCGAGUUCGACUUGUGUGAAUAAAUUUGUGUCCACUUGCAACUUGUGUGUGUGGCUCGUUUUAUGUUACGCCCUUAGCGAGCCAUCCGUGGGACGUAACAGUUGGAUUAUGGGAUGCAUGAGCGGGUCAUUUGGCGCUUGCGUUAUAUGCGUCAAAUAUUUUAAAGUGAUUAAUUCAAAAAAUUAAUUACCGCCCGUUAAUGCACUAAAUUUGACAGCAUUAGAUUACGUCAGAAAUUUGUUCGGUACGCCUCCGUUCCGAACCGAGCACCCCAUACCAAAACUGUUCAAUACAAAUACAUGUACCGUUACACUCCUAAUGCUUAGAAUAUACAUUAAAAUUUUAAAUUCUGAACAGUCCAUAAAUAACGGAGAAGCAAUUUUAAUUCUGCAUUUAUUCUAUGUAUCUAAUCAGCCGUGUGACAAAAUUAAAUGUGAAAUCAGGCUCUGUGGAUUGAUGUUGAUACGUCCCCAGAAUAGUUUUAAUAAAUUUCAUUCUGAUCUCUCCACAAAUGCCGGAGGAUUAGCAAUUUUUACUUCAAAGUUAGAUUCCACAAGAAGAAGAACACAUACUUGAGUGGUGCCUUGACAAGCUUCAGCCUGUAAAA